AUGACCUUGGCCUUUUCCUCUCUGGCAGUCUUUGCGGGUCCCAACCAUUCUGGUAGAGAGACUGAGAUCCCGGAGUCUUCCCACCUGUUGAAAGGCCACGUGGAAAGCUCUGGCUCCUGGGAUGAGGAGAUCGAGACAUUGAAGAGCAGCGUACCUUACGACAGUUCCCAGAUCCGGAUGCUCCACCGGCAGCCGCAAGGUGCCAGCGCUGACAACCAGGAGGUGACUAGGAAGCGGAGGAACUCCAUGACCACGAGUGUCCAGACCCAGAUGCUAAGGAAAUUAUUGGAGGAGUCCACCGCCGAGUCUAAGAGGCUCAAGGACGAUCUGAAAACAGCAAAUUCUCUGAAUUCUCAGACCCAGAAUUUCCUAAAAAGUAUUUCAGAAAACACCAACCAUCCGCUCUCCACACUAUCUAGGGAGCUACAAGAUGCCAGCGAGAUCCAGAUGUUGAACAGUAGCGUGCAAAACGUCAGUUCCCAGAUCCAGAUGCUCAACAUCCACCUGCAAGGUGCCAGCGCCGACCUCCAGGAGGUGAAAGGGGAGCUGAGGAACGCCAAGACCUGGAGUGUCCAGACCCAGACGCUGAGGAGCUCCUUGGAGGGGUCCAGCGCCGAGAUCCAGAGGCUCAAGGACGGUCUGAAAACAGCAAAUGAUCUGCAUGCUCAGACCCAGAGUUUCCUAAGAACCACCUCAGAAAACACCAACCAUUCACUCUCCGCACUAUCGAGGGAGCUACAAGAGGCCAGCGCUAACAUUCAGACGUUAAGGGUGGAUUUGGCAAGGGCCAGUGCCCAGGCCCAGUUGGCAAACCGGAGUUUAGAGAUCGCUAACACUCAGAUCCUCUUUUUGCGGGAGAGCCUGGACAGCAUUAGCCUUUUGAAGACCCAGAGCCAGGCUUUGAACAGCAGUUUGCAAGGGGCCAACGCUGUGAUCCACUCACUAAAAGAUGACUUAGAGAACACCAAAGCGUUCAUGGUCAAGGUCCGGGAGGAACAGAACCGCCUCAGCACGCUCAAUCAGACCCUUGCCUCACAGAUGCUUCUGCAAAAGAAGACAAACGAACUUCUUCAGUUGCUCGUACAAGGCUGGAAGGCCUAUGGGAGGAAUUUGUACUACUUCUCUGACGACAAGAAAUCUUGGCAUGAGGCUGAGGAGUUCUGCAAAUCCCAGGGGGCCCAUUUGGCUUCAGUGACGUCUCCAGAAGAGCAGCCAGACAACUGGAAGGACAAGGACGGGCAGACUGAGGACUGUGUGCACGUUCAGAAGCUGUGGAAUGACAUACACUGCAGUGCUAGCUUCCCGUGGGUCUGCAAGAAGCCCAUGGGUGAGGAGAUGGCCUGA